AUGUUUGCGGAUGAUGUCAAGGUCUUCCGUGCUGUUAGGAACCCUUCUGACACUGAGAGACUGCAGAUGAACCUAUGCUUAAUUGAGAACUGGUGCAUCACUAACGCUAUGAGCAUAAAUGCCGCCAAAUGUUCAUUGGUUUCUUUCACUCGCUCUGCCCAAACUCUUGUCGUAUCUGACUACGUGCUCAAUGGAACUGUACUAUCUCGCAGUACAAUCGUCCGUGAUCUGGGUGUCGUCUUCUCUGCAGAUCUUAGCCCUGAUAAGCAUAUUGACUUCAUCUGCGGGAAAGCCCUACGAAUGCUCAACUUCAUACUAAGAGCUUCAAGGGGUGGUCUUGGCAUUGUGGCGUUGAAUAUCCUAUAUAAGUCCUUGGUAAGGAGUAUACUUGAAUACUGUUCUGUUGUCUGGUCUCCAUAUCAGCACAAUCACAUUGAACGCUUAGACAGGAUCCAGCGACGCUUCGUCCGAGCUGUCGGUGUUAGGCUGGGUCACAACUAUUUUGAUGUACCCAUUGAGCUAGUUGAGGCCUCUCUUGGACUUCUCCCUCUGUCUACUAGAAGGCAACAGGCUGAUGCUCUUUUCCUAUGGGGAGUUCUUCGUGGCACGGUCGAUUGUCCUGACCUACUCUGUCGCAUUGAUCUGCGAGCUUCAAGACUGACCCGCUCAUGUAACCUGUUUUUUGGUCGGUCGCACCCCACCAACUACAUCAUGCACGGCCCUCUUCCACGUUUGCAUCGACUGGGCAACCAGCUGUGUCGCCAGUUCGACUUCUUUGAUGACAGCCAAUCUGUGAUCAGAGGAGUCUUCCAGAGUCGGGUUCCCCGGUGA